CUAGCUGCUUUUAUGUUAAACUAAUGAUGCUAUGCUAUAUAUAUCCUGUGUAGCAUUAACUAACUAGCUCACAUUAUGCUAAACUAAUAACGCUAAACUACAUUACCUUGUUGUAACACUGGCUAACUAGCUCAUCUAAGUUAAACUAACAAUGUUAUGCUAUAUUAGCUUGCUGUAGCAUUAACUAACUAGCUCACAUUAUGCUAAACUAAUAAAGUUAAACUACAUUACCUUACAACACUGGCUAACUAAACCAUUUUAAGUUAAACUAAUGUUUUGCUAUAUUAGCUUGCUGUAACACUAUCUAACAAGCUGACUUUCUGUUAAGUUUAUAACUUUAUCCUAUAUUAUCUAGCUGUAGCACUCGCAAACUUGCUGACUUUAAGCUGAACUAAUAACAUUAAACUACAUUACCUUAUUGUAACACUGGCUAACUAGCUAAUUUAAGUUAAACUAAUAAUGUUAUGCUAUAUUAUAGACCCUCCAGAAAAACGCGGGCAAAAAUCCUUGAUUAUGCGAAUAAAUAUGCUGGGUUUUUAUGCCAUUUUAUGCGGGGAAAUUGCGGAAAGUUGCAAAGUAUGCGAAUAGUUGUGAAAUAUGCAAAAAGAUGCGAAAUAUGUAAGAACUAGGAAAAAAAGGUGAUUUUUCUCCUACAUCCUGUUACUAGGCUGCCACUGAAUGAAAAAGAGCAAUAUAAAGAAAAACAGACAUACUACAUGCCAGACACAUCACAGUAAGUGCUGCCAAUGUUUCAUUUAUUAUCAGCUUAAGCAUGACUUAAACAUUCCUCAAUCACAAAUUUCUCAGAAAUAAAACAUUCUUUCUGCUUAGUUAUACUUUGAGGUAGAGCAAACUCCCUGCAACACGGUUGAUUUUCUUCGGUGCUCCAGAACGAUGUUGCAUGGGCUGCAAAAAAGUUUCCCCCCCACUUUCGUGCAGUAAAUCUGGGUACUGUUUUGCCCGGUCUCUGGCUGAAAUAUUCGUAGGUAAAUGUGAUCUUUGAGCAUUCUCCAUUCUUGUUUUUCGUCUCUGAGCGCCGCGCUCCGCAUCAGAUUGUGCUUCUAGUGUGUGUGUGAAUGCGUGAACUGAUGACGUCAGGCCGGGCGUCACAUAAAAACUCACUCACAACUCCAUUUACAUUGGUUAUAGUUUUCUCAUUUUAUGCGGAAAUUGUGAAAUCAAGCGGACCCGCAUAUCUCUCUUUUUUCAUGGAAACGUGAGAUUCUUGCGGGAAUUAUGCGCUAAUUGACCCCCGCAUAAUCAACGGCAUUUUGGUGAUUAAUGCAGGAAUUCAUGCGAUCGCAUAAUCGCGUUUUUCCGGAGGGUCUAAUAUUAGCUUGCUGUAACACUAAGUUACUAUCUAAAAUAAUGUAAAACUAAUAUACCUACUAUAUAAGCUUAAUAUAGCAUUAGCUAGCUAGCAGAUUUUAAGUUAAACUAAUGAUGGUUUGCUAUACUAUAUGGUUGUAGCACUAGCUAACUAGUUACCUAGCUCACUUUAUGUCAAACUAAUAAGAUUAUACUAUGAUCUUUCUGUAGCCCUAUCUAACUAGCUGAUGUUAUGUUAAACUAAUGACACUGUGUUACAAUAUCUUGCUGUAGCACUAGCUAAUGAGCUCACUUUAUGCUAAACUAAUAAGAUUAUACUAUACCGGUACUGUAUUGCUGUAGCACUAGCUAACUAGUUCACUUUAUGCUGCAUUAAUGAUGUUGUGCUAUAUUAGCUUGCUGUAACACUAAGUAGCUGAAUUUAUGCAAAACUAACAUGAUAUAACAUAGUACUAGCUCACUAGGUGACUUUCAGUUAAACUACUAAUGUCAUAUAAUAUUGGCUUGCGGUAGCAGCAGCUAACUAGCUGACUUUAGGUUGCUAAACACUAUGCUAUAUUAGCUUGCUGUAGCACUAUCUGGCUAGCUAACUUUAUGCUGAAUGAAUAAUAUUUUACUAUAUUUAGUUGCUGUAGCACUAGCUUACUAGCUUGAAUUCUUUGCCCGUGUUGACUGAGCAACGCUGCUAAUAGAUUUUUUUUCUUGCCAUUUUCAUUAUUUACUAUUUUUAAUUGGUAUUUUAAAUUAAUCUGACAGUAAAGUUAGAACUUUAGUUUGAGACCCAUCGACUCUGAUAUUGUUUCUGUCUGUGUGUCAAAGCAUUCAGAUUUAAGACAUCUGUGUGAUUGUGAACACAAAGAUCAGAGUUUAGGUUCUUGUUGAUACCGAUCAGUCAGUUAGUUCUGAUCAGAAACCGUUUUCCUACUUAACACUCGCAAGACUAUGCUUUUAGGAUACUCCUUUAAGGACUGAAGAGGGAUCAUUUAAUCCUCCUGUCCUGCUCUGUCUGCCCCGGAAUGUGCAUUAUGCUAAUCAUGUGGCAACUUCUUGCAGGGAGAACAGUGGAAGGUGUGAACGGUGUGUGUGGGCGGGGGGUGGGAGGAAAUAUGCUCCCCCUUCCCAGGGGGGAUUCUGCUCCUGCCCUGGGAUGUGGACUGAUCAUUACGCUAAUUAUGUGGCAGCUUCUGGAUGGGAGAACAGUGGAAGGUGUGGAAGGUGUGAAAGGUGUGUGUGGGCGGGGGGUGGGAGGAAAUAUGCUCCCCCUUCCCAGGGGGGAUUGGCAUAAAAAGUCUGAAAAACACUUUUGUGGUCAUUAGCUACAUUAGCUAUUUGAGACAUACAAGAUCCCAGUGGACAACCUGCCAGUUCGUCAUCUGCUCCAAGACCUCUCCAAAAAAAAGAUGCAGAGAAGAUUCACUACUGAGCAGGCUUUGCAAAUGAUUCUGACUGAAGCGCUUUUGACUCUGAUGGAGAGGACAUAGACCUUCAGUCAGAUUCUGACUCGGAGCAGUUUUCGGAGGAAGACGCUCCCCCUCCCCAGAAGAGGACAAAACGGCUGGAUACCGCACUAACGGAGACCGCAAAAGAUGGCACAGUGUGGUGCAAGGAAGAGGUUGGACGACAUCUGAAAUUCGCUCCUAUUGAACCUUACGCUGCAGAAGGAGAGCCAACACAUGAAGCCAGAAUAAGGAUCAAAACUCGCCUUCAAAGCUUCCUCUGUUUUCUCACUCUCCAGAUGCUUCGUACCAUUCAAGCAUGCACAAUUGAGCAUGCAAGGGAAACAGAGACUGUGGAUUGGUUCAUGGCUAUUCCAGAACUAAUGGCUUUCAUUGCAGUUGUCAUCUGGCGAGGGGUGACUAAGGUUCCAUCAUUGUCUGACAACUGGUCAGAGAUGUAUGGAAACAAACGGAUUAUGGAAACAAUGAGUAGCGACCGCUUCAAAGACAUAAUGCAGCACCUACGGUUUGAUAGCAAGAACACACGGGCUGAGCGAGUGCAGACAGACAAGUUUGCAGCUAUUUCCGAAUUAUGGGAAUCAUUUCGACAGAACUGUGUCACAUUCUACAGACCUGGUCGGCACAUCACAAUCGAUGAACAACUUUAUCCAUCAAAGACACGUUGCCCUUUUCUGCAAUAUAUUGCUACAAAACCGGAUAAAUUUGGUAUCAAGUUUUGGGUGGCGUGUGACUUGAAAUCAAAGUAUAUUUGCAAUGUCUUUCCAUAUGUUGGCAAAGAACCUGGCCGUCCCAAAGAGGAGAGACUGUCUGAGAGUGUGGUAAUGAAGUUGAUGGGACCAUUUCUUGAUCAGGGCAGAACUGUCACGACGGACAACUUUUUCACAUCAAUUUCACUUGCAAGAAAAUUACGCAGCCGGAAAACUACCAUUCUUGGGACACUCAAUAAAAUUCGCAGAGAAAUUCCCCCUUCAGCUCGAGAGAUAAAGCAAAGUGAGUUCAGCACUCAGGUGUUUUCAACAACUGAUGCAACACUGACAGUGUACGCAGCCAGCCGGAAGAAGACAGUCUACGUUAUGAGCAGCAUGCACAGUGUGAUUCAGACUGAGGACAGCCGCAAAAGAAAGCCAAGCACCAUCACCCAGUACAACUCCACUAAAUGCGGUGUGGACGCCAUGGAUCAGAUGGUGCGGCAGUACAGCGUACGGGCAGGAACAAGAAGAUGGCCUGUCAGUGUGUUUUAUAAUAUGGUUGACAUGGCAGCCCUGAAUGCCCAUGUGCUAUAUCAAGCCUGCACAGGAAGGACGGAAAGGCGGCCAGAUUUUCUGAUGCGGCUUGCCUGUGAGUUGGCUGAGUCUUAUGUGACAUCAAAGAAGAUUGGAAAGGAAAACCAUCUUCGCAAACAGGCUGCCACACCAGUGGAACCGGGCAAAAGGCAGAAGUGCCAAGUCCAUCACCGGUGCAAAAAGAACCCUGCUACUGUUCGAUGUGUGCAUUGCUACAAGUUAACGUGUGGCAAAUGCAAAAGAGAAGUGCCAUGGGAGUGCCAGGUCUGCGCAGACCAGUUUUGAAAAAGUUGUGUGAUGACACACACACGGUAAAUGUGUAAAUUGUGUAAAUAUUGUUUGUGCUUUCUACAAUGUUGAUUCAAAAAUAUAAAUAAACUAUUAGAAUAA